AUGGUAGUGGUCUCUUACAACCUCCUGUCCGCCGCGGAGCAGGACCCCACCGGACCCGGCGCCUUCCGUGACUUCCAGAUGAUCAUCGUGGAUGAGUGCCAUCAGCUGCGGGGGCAGAGCUCCAAACGCGCACAGGCCGUGGUACCCCUCGCCAAGAGAGCCAAGCAUGCUUUGCUCCUGACAGGCACCCCGCUCGUCGCACGCGCCGAGGAUGCCUAUCCUCUGCUGGAGGCGCUUCUGCCAGAGGAGGAGCUCCCCCCACCCAGCGACUUCGCGGCCCGGUACGGCCGCCGUGGCGCGCGACGGCUGCAGGAGCUUCAUGCGCUCUUGGGCUCUGUGAUGCUUCGUCGCACGAAGGCAGACAUGCUUCCGCAGCUGCCGAAGAAGCGCCGACGCCGCGUGGUGCUGGACCUGGAGGCUCGCGCUGGGUCCAUGGCUGCUGCUGCGCAUGAGGAAGCAGUGGAGAAGGCCUGUGAGAGGUUGGCGACGACGAAGAAGGCAGCUGUCGCAGAAUAUCUGUCGUGCCUUGUGGCCGCGAACGUGCGGUUUCUCGUCUUCGCCCACCACCUGGCCAUGCUUGAUGCCCUAGAGACAUCUCUGCAGGAGCAGUCCACAAGGUACUUCCGCAUCGACGGCAGCACACCCAUGGCGGAGAGAUCAAAGUACGUGGAGUCCUUUCAGUCCUCGGAAGAGUUUCAGGUCGCACUGCUUUCCCUGACGGCUUGCUCCCAAGGCUUCACGCUGAGUGCCGCCUCCCUGGUGGUCUUUGCGGAGCGACCCAUGUUCGCCGAACUACGCGGGUUCAUCGCGGGGGCUGUCCUCGUCAAUUGCGGUGUCUUCAAUCCACGGGGGCAACCGCUGCUGGCCUUCGGUGAGUUCGGGGACCGCAGAGGAGGGGGCGGAGGAGAGGGCAGCUCGCCCGCCAAACGUAAAGCGGCAGAAGUGGUGGAAGUGGAGGACGCCAUCUCGCUGGGGGCCCUCAAAGCUGAACUCAAAGCCCACCAGGAGGCGAUGAAACAAGACUUCCAGCACGCCAUUGGGGGAGUGCAGAAAGACAUGGCGGAGAGAGUCACCACCGUGGAGUCGGAGGUCACCAAACAACUCCAAACCACCCUGGCGCUAUUGAAGCAAUUGACCGACAAGCAAGACAACCAAGGGGCAAAAAUGGCGGAAGUCGUGGAGGGGCAGCGCUACCUGGAAGACAAGAUGGAAGCCAACCAACGCAGCCUGGAAGAACGCAUUGAAAAGCUGGAGACGUCAGGGUGCAACCCGGGGCAAUCCAUCACCAGCAUGGCGACGACCGACGACGGGAUCGGGGGGCGCAAGCCGGCGCUCAUCAUGGGAGGAUGGGGGGACAACACACCCGCCAACGAAGUGAUCGAGAAGGCCACCCAGAUCCUACGCCAACUCAAGGUCGACAUUGACUACCAGGACACCUUUGUACCUGGGAUCCGGAGGGGGUUUGCCCUCAUUCCCCUCAAAGGGGCCCGAGUCGGAGAAGGAAGUGAAGAAUACCGCCAGCGCAUCCAGAGAGCCAUCACGAUUGUCCGCAAUGCCAAGAUCCAAACGGGACAUGUGAGGGAGGACACGGGGCAGCCCCGCUACGCGUACCUCACCAUCUCCCAGCCACCAGAACGUCGCCGACGAGCAAGAUUGGCAGCCAAAGUGAAACGAUGUAUCUUAGAGCUGGGGGGCAGCCACAACGACUCGGAGGUGGAGUUCGCUACGGGCACGGUGUGGUACGGGGGCGCCCGGAUCUCGUCAGCUGUCAGCCCUGCGAAAGAAGGGGCAGACAAAAUAGGACCAGGAUGGGUGGAUGUCAACGAGAUGGCCAAAGCGCUCAGAGUCACAGUGGAGCGAACCCAGCAGCCAUGGUCGGGGCUCAGGGGGGCCCUUCAGUGA